AUGCACAAUACGAGUUUGUGUUGCAAUGUGUUGAUAAUCGGAGGAGGAAUUGCUGGUCUCUCAGCAGCUCAUUAUUUCAAUUCUGUGGGCAUGACCGACUUUUUAAUCGUUGAAGCAGAUAACCGAUUAGGUGGAAGAAUAUAUUCGGACUUGACAACAGGUAUUGAAAUUGGAGCUGAGUUCAUUCAUGGUGAGGGAAAUAUGGCCUAUGAUAUUAUUGUCAAUAAGAUGAAGGUUCCUUUAGAUAUGGUCUUUGAUUUCUCCAAGACCGAUCCAAAACAACACGGAGCAAUGUACUUCAUUGACGGUAAAUUGCACGGAAUUGAUUCCCCAGUUGCCAAGCAAAUGCUUAAAUACAUUGACGAUUUGAUGAAUGAUGAACAGCUGAAAAAAGGGCCAGACAUGUCUGUGCAAGAGUGGCUAAUUUCAAGAAAAGUUCCUGAAAAGUAUCACGUUUUUAUUGAUUCACUUUUAGCUAAAACUAAUGGAGGAUGUUUAUUAUCUGCUUCUGCAAAAGGUCUUCAAGAAGAAGGUAACAAGUGGCCAUACGGCUCUGGCAACUUUCAACUUAACGGUGACCACUAUAUGGAACCAUCAAUGAUGAAAUAUUUAACAAGUAAUCUGUGCUUGAAGGAUCAAGUCAAGUUGAACUAUAAGGUUUAUAAUAUUGAUUAUACAUGCAAGAGUGGUAUGAUUAAGGUGAAUAAUGGCGAAAUUAUGUGUAACAAAGUUAUUUUGACAGUGCCAAUCUCUGUGUUGAGAAGCCAACAAAUUGUUUUCAAUCCACCAUUAUCACCAUUGAAGAGGCACAUUAUUCAGAACAUGCUCCCAAUGCAGAGCGGUAUGAAGGUGGUUCUUAGGUUCAAGAGACCAUUUUGGAGAGAUCUAAUUCCAGAUACAAACAUUAUUAUUCUAGGAGAUAACCAUCCAUUCAUUGCUCAAUUAUGGUUCCCUCACGUUUCACAAAAGAAGCAUGACGAGUUCGGAUAUUAUUUAACUGGAUUUAGCAUGGGAAAUAAGACUGACAAUGCUUUGUUCUAUUCUGAAGAAGAAAUAACAAAGAGUAUGAGACAAUUAGUCCAAAAAGUAUUCAACCUCAAUUCCAAUAAUGAUGGAUAUAUUGGUGGAAUUGUGAAGAAUUGGCAAUCGUUCCAAUUUGUGGGAGGCUCUUAUUCUUUUGCUGGUGUUACCGAUGCUUCGAGAAUGAACUUUGUUGAGAAUUGUAGAGAGGUUUUGGCCGAACCUAUUGAGAAUAGAAUCUUUUUUGCCGGAGAAGCUUAUGCAGAUUAUUCCCCUGCGUCACUUCACGGAUCCUUAGAAACUGGUCAAAAGGCAGCGCAAUCAAUCAUGUCCAAACACUCAAAAUUAUAA